CCCUCCGACGAACAGUUUCCCGUCGUCGUCAGUCGGCAGUGGCACUUCGAGCGCAGGCAAGAGAGGGUAGUGAUCUCGCACGCGCCUUACUCCUCGUUUACAAGAGUACGUCGUACAAAUUUAACAAGCAAAUACUAAAAAAACUGAGAAAUAUAAUAACAAAAUAAUAUAAGGAAAUUCAAGAAGAAAAGGAAUUAAACAAUCGAUAUUAUUAUUGUUAUUAUUUUUUGAAUAAUCGAGGAUACCGAACGAUACUGUUAAAUUUUCGACGAGAAUUCAAUCCCAAGACGCCGGUCAACGAAACGAACCCACGAAAUUUGAAGUUCGACCAUACACACGAAAACGCGUCUUUUUUCUCCUCGAAUACAAAAAUUUUUGCAUUUUUUUCGAAUCUCAGGUGUUUUUUGUUGAAACUCACGAGAUAUUCCUUCUUCGUCACAAAUUGUGGGAGUGUUUUAUUUAAUAAAGUGUCAAGUUUUCGAUCCACAAAGGGAUAAAACGAUUCGGGGAUACUCGAUAUAUAUUUUACGAAGAAUUUUCAACUUUUAACGGAGUUGUUCAAACACGAACGAUUCUCGAAAAAGUAACGAGCCAAUUUUUCUCGAACGAAAAAAAAAAAAAAAAAAAAACAAAUAAAUCGGCAUAAUAUCGAUUUGAAAUAUAUGACGAAAGUUCGUUAAUUCGUCUUGACGUUUAAAAGUUGGAAGAUUAAAAGAAAUUGAGUUUUUUCAACGAAACUACGAUCUUCAUCGGCAAUCCAUAAGACCUUGAAAUUUUCUCCGUAAAACGAGAGUUAUUGGAAAACCAAGCUUAAGUUUUUCCACACGAAAUUAUAUUUUCUAUACUCGUGCUAUUCGCGCGCGUCUUUUCUCUCUCUUUCUCGCCUUUACCCCCACCACCUAACGGCAGCAGCGGGCAGCGGGAGAGAGCUUUGUCCCCGGCAAGUGCGUGAGAAUCGUACACACAGUCGCUCGCGUCGAGCCGGCAAACGAACAUCUCUUUUUCUUUCGCUCUUACCGGAAGUCUAGAACGAACGAGAACACGCAGAGAUAAAUAAAACAAAAAAAUAACAGUUCUGAUUAAAAGAUAUUUGAUUUACUGUUCGCAUUGAGCUUCGUUCGUCCAAGCCGCGCGUUUCAGAGUGAACUAAAUUGAAAAAACACAUCGCGAAAAACCACGUGAUCUUAUUACAACGCCCGUACAAAACUUCCGAUCUUCCAAAAAAAAAAAAAUAAAACUUCGACGCUAACCCGUCGAAGAUUAAGUGUAAUUUCGCGUAUUGUGUAACGAUAUUCCGCGAACGUAAAACAUACGAAAAAACAAAAACAACCAUAAAACGAAUAAAUACAAAAAAUAACCAAAUCGUUUUCUCGUACAAUCGAGUUUUGAGGAUAUCGUGGUUUUGUACGAAACAAUAAAGUGUGAAGAAUUUUCAUAAGGAAAAAAAAAUCAUUUCAUUGUUCGAAGAUUUAUAAAAUUUCGAUCGAUCUGAGAACCGAGUGUGAUCUAAAAAUCAAUUCUUACAAUCAGUGUCGGGUGAAAUUUUUUCAAUAAAUCAAUAAAACCAAGCACGUCUAAGGAAAAUCACUGAAAUGCCGACGAGUUUGUUCAGCGAAAUGGAUCGUGGGGUUAACUCAGGUGGUUCGGGUUCUCUCGAGGAACAACGAGCUUUGCAGCUCGCCUUCGAGCUCUCGAUGUUAGGACUCGAGGGUAAUCCCGGUUGCCCCGUUAAUGGCAGUGGCCCUGGCAACAACGUUAUUAACAACGACAACGAUCCUUUGCAAUCGUCACCAAGCAACGUUUUCGAAGAGGCACGAUCCAAGAAGAGCCAGAAUAUGACCGAGUGUGUUCCUGUACCGAGCAGCGAACACGUGGCUGAGAUCGUUGGCCGACAAGGCUGCAAGAUCAAGGCACUCCGAGCGAAAACCAACACUUACAUCAAGACACCGGUACGCGGCGAGGAGCCAGUAUUCGUAGUGACUGGAAGGAAGGAAGACGUGGCGCGUGCCAAGCGCGAGAUACUCUCAGCGGCUGAGCACUUUUCGCAGAUAAGGGCAUCGCGGAAGAGCUCGUUGGGGGCACUUUUGGGUACGCCACCGGGACCACCGGCAUCGGUACCAGGCCACGUUACGAUUCAGGUACGAGUACCAUACAGAGUCGUAGGAUUGGUUGUCGGUCCGAAAGGCGCUACGAUCAAGAGAAUCCAGCAUCAGACUCACACUUACAUCGUAACGCCCUCGAGGGACAAGGAGCCGGUGUUCGAGGUAACCGGUUUGCCGGAAAGCGUCGAGGCAGCGAGACGAGAAAUCGAGGCUCAUAUCGCACUGAGAACCGGCACCGGGCCCGGCCUCGAGGAAGCUGAUCUUCUCGGGGCUCUCUGUCGCGGUGGACUCGGCAGUAUCCUCGGUUGUCUCGAUCCCCCCGGCUCGAACGGAUCGAACGGCUCCAGCGGCGCCUUCUCCAGUUCCGGUAGCUGCAGCUCAUCCUCGAGCUCUUCCGGUGCACCCGGACUCAACGACCUCGUGGCCAUUUGGGGCGCUGGCCUCGAGAGGGACGAGGGACUCGGCGAAUCACCUUCCUUCGAGUCCCGCAUCGAAGCACCGUCGGCGUCAUCCAUUUGGUCGUUUCCCGGUGUUGCGUUACCGUCGAGACCGUCGCCUCCCGCUUCGGCCAGCCCAGCAUCACCGACCGAUUCACUCCUAGGCGGCAGCAGCGCCGGCGGACGUCGCGAAUGCGUCGUUUGCGGCGACAAAGAAGUCACAGCUGCUCUCGUGCCCUGCGGACACAAUCUCUUUUGUCUCGACUGCGGUAACCGCGUUUGCGAAAGCUCCGACCCCAGCUGUCCCGUAUGCGCGAGGCCCGUCCUCCAGGCGCUUCGUAUACUCUCUUAAACGGCUGAAACGAACAAACAGAUAUGCACACACACACACACACACACACACACACACACACACACACACGAACACACGGACACACAGUUUACGAGUUACAAUAACCUUUUCGCCGCCAGCCAGUCUCACGAACAACACUCGAUCAGUUGUUCGACGAAAAUUAACAUGAGGCUUUCGAACUACCAGCUUUUCAAAUAUCUCGAUCGAGGGCUUAACCCGAUUGCUCCGAGCAAGAGGGACCAAGAGUUUUCCACUCCUCCGACAAGCCUGGGGAAGCCUGGGACUCCCAUUUUUCCUCAUUUUUAUCCGGAUAAUUGCAACAUCCUCGGCAAACGAACCGAAGAUCAACAAAUUACGAAUAAUCCAGGGUGGAAAAGUCUUCUUCCUCCUGCCCCGAGCUCGAUCGAACAACGUAAACAAAUUUAAAACAAUGAGAGAAAAAAUAACAUGCGAAAAAAAAGGAUACGACACUAUUUAAGAUUGACGAAGAAGCGCGGAAAAUCCUCUGGGAUUUUCCGUUUUCUUUUUUCAAUUUUUUUUUGUUUUUUUUUUUGUUUUUUUUUCCUUCUUUUUUUCUCUUUUUCAUUCUGCAAGAGGAGAAACGAACUUCGAGGGACCCUUAGAGUCUGGGAAGACGCGCACAACUUUUCAAUUCCACAUGCUCGCUGCCAAUAAACCUUAAACAAGACGAGAUACAAAAUGAGGAGGGGGAGGGGAGGAAACAAAAAGAGAGAGAAAAAAAGAAACAUGAAGUGAAAGAAAAACUGUUCGUGGGGCGAACAGUGAAGCUACCCGAGGAUUAAUUAACGAUAAUGUAUAAUUAGAUGUCACGAAGGAGGAAAACAAAAUAACAAAUACGCGUUUAACUUCGCUCGCUCAUUCCCGCGCCAACCGGAUACAACGAAUCGAUUUUUAAUGAAAAGAAAAAAAAUACAAAAAAAAAUCCAAAAAAAAAAAAAUCAGCAGACACAAAACCAAAAGACGAAAGACAUGUAUUGCAGUUUGCUCGUUUUUUUUAUCGUCUUCGACCUGUCUUUUUUUUUUUUAAGGCUCGCGUCAGAGGCGCUUAAUUUUGAAUGCCCGAAAGGCAU